CUUAUGCAUCGGGGACGUAAUCGUUGCCCUGCACAUUGGCACUUAGCUCAUGGUGGUUGUUCCUCGUCAUCAGCGUCAUUCUUAAUAUACCGGUGCCAAGGGUGAGUCCACCCAUAGAAGGCUGGCUAUGCUAGAGCGAACUCUUGGUACAAUGGCCAGUCAGAACAGCCUGUCGGACGAACCAGCACAACUACCAUCGCAUGAUGCACCUGUGGGGAACUCGUAUUGUACCUCUAGUCCAGUAGGUAAAGCAUGCCAUGAAGAACCCACCGGCUCGACAGGCACCCAAGAUUGCUGCUGGUCAGUGCCAGCUACAAUGGCAGCCGCCGCUUUUCUUUGCUACAUGCCUACGUCCUGGUUGGCCAUUCUUACGGUGUAUUUUGUGCAUAAGUUCGAAAUCACCCGACAAGAGGCAUCUUGGCCAAGAAUCGUUGCAUCCAUGGUCGGCCAGCUGUCAGCGCUGGCCGUUUACGCUCUGCAGAUGCGGAUGAAGACAUACAACAUCAUCCUCUUCAGCACCGUGCUAUGCGCGGCAUCACUUAUUUUUUCGACGUUUUCUCAAAAUAUCACAUGCAUGACAAUGACGCUUGGAAUCUUGCUAGGUUUUGGCCAAGGAAUCUUCCUAACUUCGUCUCAGAUAUACACGCUGUUCUACUUCAGCAAAUACCGUGCCUUCGCAACGUCAAUUAUCAACGUCGCCUUCGCCAUAUCCGGCAUGGUCAGCCCGUUCGUGCUCUCCGGACUCGAGGAUGCCUACUUUGUGGAAGGAGCCCUGCUCAUUUACGGAGGAAUAAUGUUAAACUCAACCAUCAUCAUCAUAUUGGCCAAAAAUCCCUCCCAAUUUACAGACUGUGCAAGCCGAAGUCAUCCCAACUCGGCAGAGCGUGGAACCUCGAAAUCAACCCAUUUUGUCGCCGUUGCCAGACUUCACAGCGAACAAAGACACUCAGCAGAUGCUUCGCAAAUGUCUGGGCGCCAAGAAAGCGCUUCCUUCAAGCAAGUUGGAGCACUAUUUAGAAUGCCGGCAUUGUAUGUUUUGGUGGUUACGCUCAUCAUCGCAGACCUCACAACGGCGGAAUUUUAUGGUACAGUCGUAGACUACGCCCGCGACCGAGGUUUAGAGCCACGUGACGCCGAGCAGCUGGUGACCUUCGUUUCACUGGGAGCGCUUCUGGGUGGUCUCUCUGUGCCCCUGCUGACUGACUGCGUGCCGUUCAUCCGCUGUCCUGCCUACGCUGUCAGUUUACUGGCCGUUGGUGGGUGCCAAAUGGUUGCCCCGUACCUAUCUGGGUUUACAGCAAAUAUAAUGCUCGCACUAUUGGUUGGAGCAUUCAUGGGAUUCAUCUUGUGCAGCAAACCCGUACUCCUUGCGGAAUCAUUCGGUAUCCGACGUACGGCGGCAUGCCUGGCCCUCAUCGGCGUGAUCAGGAUACCGGUGUCCCUGGUCUGCCCUCUCCUAAUUGGCCACUUUCGUGACUCGACUGGAUCAUACGAUGGCUACUAUCGGAUGCUCGGAGGAAUGAGCGUGGCAGCCGCUUUGCUCUUCAGCGCACAUUACAUCUUUAGCCGAGGAAAGUUCACAGCGGACGAGCAGCCCUCAGUGCUGUAAUACCAAUAAAAUGCCUAAU